UAUUCGCGGCCUAAGUUCGACUCUCUGCUCUCGGUAUUCGUAUACCAGCGCUUUCCCCUACUCGAUAUCCUUGUUUUCGUAUUCCUUCGUCCUUUCCCUAUCUUAUAUAUAUAUAUAUUUUCGACUCCCAAAUAACGGAAUUAUAACGCACUUAUAUUUUUAGUAGCCUACACGUGUGUUACAUAGUUAUAUUACAUUCUCUCGUUAUGGUCGUCAAAGAUUUGUUAACGAUAGCUUUAUUGCUUAUCGCAGGCCAGAGUGUUUUUCUUCAAGCUAAUGAAGUAGUGAAUAAUACAGUAGUGGAAGAAUACAUAGAAAAUAUAUAUCGGCUACCAAACCAUGUCACGCCUAUUCAUUACAAUAUAAAAUUAAUACCAUAUAUCGUGGAAGGUAACUUUACUUUCGAAGGCGAAGAGAACAUCAAGAUUAAGGUAUGGGAACCGACACACAUGAUCGCAUUCCACACCGUACAACUGACAAUAAAUGAAACCUUGACAACAUUGACUCGAGACAUGAAAGAGAACGAUGUAAAUGAUGAACCGAAUUAUGUGCAAAAACAGCAUAAAUAUAAUCGUGCCACGCAAAUUUUGAUCAUACGAUUCGAGAAGCGAUUGGAUCCUGGGAUUUACCAGCUAUAUCUCAAAUUCACGGGUGUGAUUAGUGAUGUUAAUCAUGGAUUCUAUCGAAGCUUCUAUACUGAUAAUGAAGGUCAUAAAGUAUGGUUGGCAGCAACGCAUUUCCAACCUGUUUCCGCACGAAAGGCGUUUCCAUGCUGGGACGAGCCUGCUAUAAAAGCGACCUUCCAAUUUUCCAUAAAACAUUAUCCUAAUUACACAGCGUUGUCGAACAUGCCGUCCAUAUGGUCAGAUAUCGAUUCGGCCGAUGGAAAAUUGUGGACAUUCUUCAUGACAACACCUAUCAUGUCCACCAAUUUAUUGGGAUUUGUGAUCGCCGAUUAUGAGUACAUCAUGAAUUCAAAUGGUGGCAUGAAAAUAUGGGGUCCGAGGCAUCUCCUUCCUUACGCCACAUAUCCUCUUGAUAUCGCUGAGAAAGCAACGCGCGAACUCGAAAGAUUCACCAAUAGCACCGUUCACGUGCUGAAAAUGGAUCACGUUUCCAUUCCUGAUUAUUCAAGCGCUGCCACUGAAAACUGGGGCAUGAUCGUCUACAUGCAAGACGUACUGCUUAAUCGUGAAAAUUCACGUUCGAUAAUUAACACCAUGACAAUUACAAACAAAUUGGCGCAACAAUGGUUUGGAAAUCUAGUCAGCCCGGCUUGGUGGGAUUAUCUUUGGUUGAGCAAAGGCAUAUCGACCUAUUUGAAGUUCUACAUUACGGACAAGUUUAUUAAAGAAUGGCGAUUGAUGGACUUGUUGGUGGUGGAAUAUGAGCAAGCAAAAUUGUUUGAGGAUUUGUUCACUUCCCAACCGAUCAACGUAAACAUUACAAAUCACUUGGAUAUCUCCAAAGCAUAUUCUGACAACACGUAUACAAAAUCUGCUGUUCUAUUGCGAAUGGUAUCGCAUUUCUUGAGAGAAGACGUGUUUCGAAACGGUUUAAUAAAAUAUCUUCAAGCACACGAAUACAGUAGUGCUACACCAGACGAUUUAUGGAAAGCAUUGCAAGAUGCUCUCGACGAAUCAGACGUACUGCACGAUAAUUUAAAAAUAAAAGAAGUGAUGGACACGUGGAUCAAACAGGCAGCGUAUCCUGUCGUGACAGUCGUUCGAAAUUAUGAUACAGGUGAGAUUAACGUGACGCAAACGAGUUAUUCAAUUUCAUCUCUUAAUGACAUUGAAACAACCGGCGCAUGGUGGAUUCCAUUGAAUUAUAUUACCCAAAGUAAUCCGAAUUCUUCGUCAACUCUGGCUACACAUUGGUUAAAACCUCAGAACGAGAGUUUAACGAUCGAAGGAGUCAACAUUAAUGACUGGAUUAUUGUGAAUAAGCAGUUGACAGGCUAUUAUCGCGUAAAUUAUGAUAUAAUCAAUUGGAAACGAAUCAUUGCUUUUCUUAAUUCCGACGAUUACGACAAAAUCCCAAUUUUGAAUCGUGCGCAAAUUAUUGACGACGUUUAUUACUUGAUAACAACUAAACAGCUUGAUUUUAUUAUUUUUCUCGAAGUUAUAAAUUAUUUGUCGCGCGAAAUCGAUCCCAUCCCAUGGUAUCCAGUAUUCCGAAUCAUUUACAGAUUAACUUCAUAUUUGCAGUUGCCCCGUGCAUUUGCGAUCUUUAAAGUAAGAUAUGUUUUGCACAAUUUAUAAAUAUAUAUUAAAACUGAUUAAUUAUCUGAAUUAAUA